AUGGCUCAGACAAUCCAACGGCCAGACAAUGCGUCUACUGGCUACACAGAGAAUCCUAUCAUAUAUGAUUACCCUCCUGAGACUAUCGCUGACUUGGAUUGGGCAGAUCUUAUUGCUCUGGAUCUCUCCCUCUUUGAUAGACCUGGAGGAAAACAAAAGCUCGCUGCGCAGCUGAAGGAUGCUGAUGAGAUCGAUCGCCAAUUCGCAUUCGCUCGAGAUUUGUUCAACUUACCCUUGGCCGAAAAACUCAGCUACGAAGCCGACCUUAGCAAAGAUGGAUAUGUUGGCUACAGGUCGGCAGGCAAUCGCGAGCUUGUGCCGGGAGUUUUCGACAAUAUAGAGGUGUACGGGUUCGCAAAGUUUUAUUCUCAGUUCGGCCAACGACCGCAUCCGGCUUUAAUCCAGCAAAACAUCGGUGAAAUCGAACGAUUCUCCCGUCAUAUGCACGAAUACAUCGGGUACAGGCUACUACGUUUGAUUGCGAUUGUUCUAGAGCUUCCCGAGGACUACUUCGUGUCUAAACAUCGCUAUGAUCAGAAAAGCGGCUGCAACCUCAGGUACCUAAAAAAUAAUGCAAGAACGGUGGAGGAGAUCAAAAAGCUUGGAAACACCCCUCCCGUGCGUGGCCACACAGACUUUGGGAGCCUAACCAUGUUAUUUCGGCAGCCAGUGGCGGGGCUACAGGUGAAAACCCCCGAAGGAAAAUGGAAAUAUGUCAAGGCACAUCCAGCAAGCAUCACCGUCAAUAUCGCCGACAUGAUGGACUUCGUCUCUAACGGCUACCUUAAGAGCAGCGUACACCGCGUGGUGUCUCCCCCUCCUGACCAGGUUGCACUGGACAGGAUAGGAGUUAUCUAUUUCCUACGAUUUGAAGACGACGUCGAGUUGAAGCCGGUGGACAGUGUCCUCUUGAAGAACUGGAGCUCAAGUUCAAGACUGGGAGAAGCAAAUGGGGUCACGGCUGGGGAGUGGGUGAAAGCCAGAACAAGGGACAACGCAAAAAUGGCUGCGAUUUACCUCAAUGAAGAACCCGAGGUGGUCAAGAGCAUCAAGAUCCAUAACUUUGUGUGA